UGGCUAACCCCGAACUCUGUGCGCCGAGGCUGGGGGUGGGCUCUGCAAGGGGUGGGCCCGAGCCUCGCUCCACCUUCCCCCGGAACUACCCUCUGCCCUAUCUUUGCGGCCCGACGGGCGUGGGAGCCGGGCCGCCCGAAGGUGGGCUGGUAGUGGAGGAAGCGGUCAGGUAGUCGCUGUGUGGCCUAAGGCUUUAAGGCGCCUGACCCCGGGCUUCUUGGAGCUGGCGUCGCCAGGACCCGUUUUCUCUAGGUUCCGAGACCUGGGCCUGAGCUCUCCACAUUGAGACCUCAGGGGUCGUCUGGAUUGUGCGCGACCCGCUACCCUGCCGGUUUUUUCCUUCCAGCAUGAUCCACUGGGCCUCCAGGGCAUCGCCUGGAGGAGCCCACUCAACGUGGACGCACCCUUUGGCAGCCUCAGACCGGCUUUGAGGAGGAUGACUGAGACACUAUGGGCCACGCGCUGUGUGUCUGCUCUCGAGGAACUGUCAUCAUUGACAAUAAGCGCUACCUCUUCAUCCAGAAACUAGGGGAGGGUGGGUUCAGCUAUGUGGACCUAGUGGAGGGGUUACAUGAUGGACACUUCUACGCCCUGAAGCGAAUCCUGUGUCACGAGCAGCAGGACCGGGAAGAUGCCCAACGAGAAGCAGACAUGCAUCGCCUCUUCCAUCACCCCAACAUCCUUCGCCUUGUGGCUUAUUGUCUGAAGGAGCGGGGCGCUAAACAUGAGGCCUGGCUGCUGCUACCUUUCUUCAAGAGAGGUACACUAUGGACUGAGAUAGAACGGCUCAAGGACAAAGGUAACUUCUUGACUCAAGAUCAAAUCCUUCAGCUGCUGCUGGGUAUCUGCAGAGGACUUGAGGCCAUCCACGCCAAGGGUUAUGCCCACAGGGACCUGAAGCCCACGAAUAUCUUGCUUGGAGAUGAGGGGCAGCCGGUUUUAAUGGACUUGGGUUCCAUGAAUCAAGCAUGCAUCCACGUGGAGGGCUCCCGCCAGGCUCUGGCCCUGCAGUCCCUAGGCUGCGUGUUAUAUGCCAUGAUGUUUGGGGAAGGUCCUUAUGACAUGGUGUUCCAGAAGGGUGACAGUGUGGCCCUUGCUGUGCAGAACCAACUGAACAUCCCGCAGAGCCCCAGGCAUUCUGCAGCAAUGCGGCAGCUGCUGGCUUCAAUGAUGACUGUGGACCCGCAGCAGCGCCCUCACAUUCCUCUCCUCCUAAGUCAGUUGGAGGCACUGCAACCCUCAGCUCCGGGCCAGCACACUACCCAAAUCUGAAUAAACCAGUGGCCACAUUGAGAAGGUGGCCCCUGUGCCUUGGAAAGAGGCCCCUAUCCUUCAUUGCCAUCUGUCCACUCUAUCCAGGACUGCUCUCUUAUAGUUGGGGGCAGCUCAGUCUUCUGUCUCUGCUUUUGCUGUUACCCCAAGAGCAACAACUGAACAGGGGGCCUGACUGAGCUGGGGUAGGAAGCGGGGAUGGGAAAAGGGAAACUGAUAGAAUCUGUCAAGGCUCUGAACAGGACUGCUGAGCUUCCAUCAUGUCUGCUCCAACUCUGGGAGCAGGAGAAUGUAUUAAUAGAAUAAAGUGAAAACAGCUUGGUGUA